UUAUACUGGGCUCCUGUACCACCGAUUCAAGCUAUAUCUAUGUUGGGUCAUCCUCAACGUAUCCAGCCUUGGUUGCUUCAAUAUGCUGUUCGAGUACUCGAGUUUUUCCCCAUCGAUCAAGUGUUUUUUUUUAUUCCACAAAUGGUUCAAGCGCUUCGUGAUGACUCUGUUGGCUACAUUGAGCGCUUUAUUUUGGAUGCUGCCAAAACUUCUCAAGCGUUUGCUCAUCAAAUUAUUUGGAAUAUGAAGGCAAACAUGUACAAGGACGAAGCUUGUGAUAUACCUGAUGCAAUCAAACCUGCGUUGGAUCGAAUUAUUCACAAAAUUACGUCUGAGCUGUCUGGAUUAGAUAAAGACUUGUAUGAGCGAGAGUUUGACUUUUUUGGUAAAGUUACUGGAAUUUCCGGCACAUUAAAGCCUUUUGUUCAAGCGGAUGCUUCUAAAAUUGAGAAAAAGCGGAAAAUUGACGAGGAGUUGCGUAAGAUCAAGGUGCAAGUUGGUGUAUAUCUCCCAACAAAUCCUGAAAGUAUUGUCGUCGAUAUUGAUUAUGACUCUGGUCGUCCACUCCAAAGCCAUGCCAAGGCACCGUUCAUGGCAUCGUUUAAAGUCAAUGAAUCUGGAAACCUUAAUGGAGAAACGCGAUGGAUGUCGUCCAUUUUCAAAGUGGGUGACGACUGUCGUCAAGAUGUUCUUGCUUUGCAACUCAUUAGCAUUUUCAAAAGCAUUUUUGUGUUUGCGGGACUUGAUUUGUAUACAUUUCCUUAUCGAGUGGUUGCCACUGCGCCAGGGUGCGGUGUGAUUGAAGUUAUUCCAAAGUCUAUAUCUCGAGAUAUGAUGGGUCGUGAAAAAGUCAAUAGUCUUUAUGAUUGGUUUAUUGCAGAGUUUGGUCCAGAGGAUGGAGUUGACUUUCAAAAGGCGAGAAAAGAAUUCGUAAAGAGUUUGGCUGCGUACUCUCUGAUUAUGUUUAUUUUGCAAAUCAAGGACAGACAUAAUGGCAACAUUAUGUUUGAUAAAGAGGGACAUAUGAUUCAUAUUGAUUUUGGGUUUAUUCUCUCGAUUGCCCCUGGUGGUGGAAUAUUGGAGGUUUCACCAUUCAAACUGACAGCAGAGAUGGUGCAAGUAAUGGGUGGUGAUAUCACUUCUCCUUCGUAUCGCCUAUUUUCUGAACUAUGCGUAAAGGCUUACUUGGCUUGCAGGCCAUAUGCCGAAGAAAUCAUUAGCAUGGUAUCGCUUAUGAUGGAUUCUGGCUUACCAUGUUUCAAAGGUAGCGAUACUACAAUUCGUAAAUUACGUGAGAGGUUUCAGUUGGAGAAAUCUGAAAAGGGUGCAGCUGAAUUUAUGGUCAAUUGCAUUCGCCAAUCUCACGAAAACACCAGAAGUGGUUUGUAUGACACUUUUCAGUAUCUUCAAAACGGUAUUCCUUAUAAAUGA